AUGGAUCCAAGCAAUGUUCCUAGUAAGUCCGCUAGCUACGUAGGACUGCUUCACAGUCAACAAGGAAGCGUUUAUCAUGAAAACUUCCCUUAUGGAAGUUUUCAUUCUAGUGUCAACUUUGCAGAAUCCGAUACAUUUCCGGCUUUCAGUUCUCAGCAAUCUGAAGACGCACCAGUAGACACACAAGCUGCCCGCCCUGUAAGACGCAAGUGGACCCCUGCAGAUGACGAGGUGCUGAUCAGUGGGUGGCUCAACACUUCGAAGGAUUCGAUUGUUGCAAAUGAGCAGAGGUCGGGGGCCUUCUGGAUACGGGUUGGUAAGUAUUAUGCAGAGAGUGUAAAUGGAAGAGAGGAUGGUGUGAGAGAGCACGGUUGUUGCAAGAAGAGGUGGCACAGAAUCAAUGAUGAUGUUAACAAGUUCUGUGGCGCAUAUUCGGCAGCUCAGCGCCAAAUUAGCAGUGGUGAGUCUGACACAGACAAGUGGCUCAGCCUUAACACACCCAAAGCUGGUGGCAUUUCAAAGAGGAAGAAUGUGCAGACAGAUUCCCAAACUUCUACCAACGAAGGCUUCGUUGAUGUUGAGAGCAGGCCCGAAGGUGUCAAGGCUGCUAAGGCUAAAAGAAAUACGGGUAAAGGGAAGUCUGUCGCUGAGAUUGCAACAGUUUAG